UUAAAAUUAAAGCUAUUAAUAGAAUGUGCUUUGGCAGGCAACUCACAGAUGUGGGCAACCUGGUGCACCAUGUUGGAGACCACUGAACUAGAUGUUUUCACAUCUUGUAAAUUAUUCCAGUUUCAACUCGUAUUCAUGAGGUUGAGGAUGAGCCCGGUUUUAACCCAUUCAUCAACCUUGGUGCCAAAACCAAGCUGAUCGAGGGAGACAUUGCCAUACCUUAUGGUCGAGUCGGUCUUAUUAACACAACAUACAGAUGGAAGUUCCCUAUCCCAUACAUUCUCUCUGACAGCCUGGACCUUAAUGCAAAAGGUGCCGUCCAUCAAGCAUUUGAAAUGUACCGUCUGAAGUCAUGUGUUGAUUUUAAACCCUAUGAGGGAGAGAAAACAUACAUAAAAUUUGAGAAAGGAGAUGGGUGCUGGUCUUAUGUUGGAGAUCUUCAGAAUGGUCAGGUGCUUUCUCUGGGACCAGGCUGUGACCAUAAGGCUGUGAUUGAGCAUGAACUACUGCAUGCCUUGGGCUUUUAUCACAUGCAGUCUCGCCAGGACCGAGAUGACUAUGUGAAGAUCUGGCUUGAUCAGGUCAUUGAAGGCCUGGAGCAUAACUUUAACAAAUAUGAUGACAGUUUUGUCACAGAUUUAAAUACGCCCUAUGAUUACGAGUCUAUAAUGCAUUAUCGUCCAUUCGCUUUUAACAAAGACCCCAUUUUUCCCACCAUCACAACCAACAUCCCGGAGUUCUUUAAGAUCAUAGGGCAAUACCUGGACUUUAGUGAGAUGGAUAUCGUUCGACUGAAUCGAAUGUACAACUGCUCAUCUAGUCUUACCCUGCUGGACCAGUGCACUUUUGAAAACAUGAAUAUUUGUGGGAUGGUACAGAGUUCGACUGAUGAUGCCGACUGGGUGCAUCUUAAGAGUUCUCCAGGCUUUGAGGAUCAUACCAUCAGUGGAAAAAGCAGAGAUUUAGGUUACACCAUGCACUUUAACACUGCCACUGUAAUGGCAAACCAAUCUGCUCUUCUUGAGUCUCGCAUCCUUUAUCCAAAGAGGAAGAUGCAAUGCCUCCAGUUUUUCUACAAAAUGACCGGAAGUACAAAUGACAAGCUGGUAAUAUGGGCCAAGAUGGAUGAUGGAACAGGAACAGUGCGUAAACUAAAGAAAGUAAAGACAAUCUGGGCCGAUGAGGACAAGACAUGGAAGAUUGCUCACGUUUCUAUGGAAAUCGGGGUCAAAUUUCGCUAUGCCUUCCAGGCGAUGAAGGGAGAACCCAACAACUCUACAGGAGGCAUAUUCAUCGAUGACAUCAGCCUGACAGAGACUCGCUGUCCAGCCUCCGUCUGGCGCAUCCAGAAUUUCUCUCACAUCCUGCAGACAGCCGAUUAUGACACAGUACUGAACAGUCCUCUUUUCUACAGUCCCGAGGGUUACAGUUAUGGCAUUCAAGUUCGUCCGUUCUCCGGCUACUCUGACUACACAGGCAACUACACCGGCCUAUAUUUCCAUCUGGCCAGUGGUGAAAAUGACAUUGUAAUGCAGUGGCCUGCUGUUAACCGCCAGGCCACAAUGGUGGUGAUGGACCAGGAUCCAGAUAUUAAACUGAGGAUGUCUUCUGCCCGUAGCCUCACCACUGACAUGGCCAUGUCUGAAGGCAAAUUACUAUGGGACAAUCAAAGGAAAGUUGGGACUUUCGAUAAACACUGCGCAUGUUUUCGAGGGGAGUCAAAGGGAUGGAAUACUUUCAUCAAACACUAUGACCUGCACAGACGAAAUUACCUGAAAAAUGAUGACCUAAUCAUCUUCAUAGACUUUGAAGACUUGACAAGCUUGAUAAACAGCGAAGUCCCGGUUGCACCAAAGGUUUGAUGAUGUAUAAGUUUUUAAAGCCUCAAGAAAGAAGAAGAAAGAAGAAUACAGAGAGUGUUUAUUGUGGAGAAUGUCAUCAAAAACAUUUGUUUCCUGUAAAAAAUUAAGUAAUAUGAUACCGCUGUCCCUCUUUGAUAUAACUUCUCUCUUUUUAUAUUACAUAUCAUUUUUAACAUUUCUAAUAAAGUCUCAU